AUGACUUGGCUUAGGAUGUUCCUCGGUGUCAUCUUCUUGCUGUCUGCCUUCUCAGGACCUACUGUUGGGGGCCGCUCCAUGCCCAAGCUGGCUGACUGGAAGCUGUGUGCCGAUGAGGAAUGCAGCCACCCCAUCUCCAUGGCUGUGGCUCUUCAGGACUACGUAGCCCCUGACUGCCGUUUCCUGACCAUACACAGGGGCCAAGUUGUGUAUGUCUUCUCUAAGCUGAAGGGCCGUGGUCGGCUCUUCUGGGGAGGCAGUGUUCAGGGAGAUUAUUAUGGAGACCUGGCUGCUCGCCUGGGCUUUUUCCCCAGUAGCAUUGUACGGGAGGAUCAGACCCUGAAGCCUGGCAAAAUCAAUGUGAAGACAGAUAAAUGGGAUUUCUACUGCCAAUGA